GCCAUUUCUUGAAUAUAUAAACCGAUCCGGCGUGAAGUAUACAUACCCAGACCCAGUACCCGGUCUCCACAUCCCCACCCACCGGCGGACGCUGCUCUCCUUCUGCAAGUCUCUAACCCCGGCAGCUAAAACAUGUCGGAAGAGGAAGUACUGGCUGAACUAGAAGCAGUAGAAGCUGUCUAUGGAGACGAUUGUAUCAUUCUCGACAAGUGCCCUCCGAGUUUUCAUCUUCGCAUCAAACCUCGAACCGCCGAUAUCACCUCUCAACAGUUUGUGGAGGCAAUCAUAAGCAUCCGGGCAUGUCCUAAGUAUCCUGAUGAACCACCUUGUAUAAGUAUUGUUGAUUCAAAGGGUCUUGAUGAGCAAAGACAAAAGAGUCUGACAAGUUGGAUAUCUGAAAAGGCACAAGAACUGUCCUCAUGUCUAAUGCUUGUAUCACUCUGUGAGGAAGCAGUGGAAAGGCUAUCCAGCAUGAAUCACCCUGAUGGAAAUUGUCCGUUAUGUUUGUAUCCAUUGGUUGAUGAAGACACUGGAAAUAGUUCAUUGCCAUUUAUGAAGUUGAUGUCUUGUUUUCACUGCUUUCAUUGUGACUGCAUUAUUAGAUGGUGGAAUUGGCUCCAAGAUCCAAAAGAAACAGAUGGUGCUAAUGUUUUGGGUUCCUCUAGAUCCCCUAAUAAUGCAGAGGUUAAGCAAGAUAGUAAGGGCAAUUGCCCAGUGUGUCGGAAGGUUUUCCUUGCCAGGGAUAUAGAACAUGCACGUCACUUGGUGGGGAUGCAAUCACAACCGAAUUCCGAUGGAGUUGAAGUCAACAAAGAAGAUAUGAUUCUUCAGUCCGACUUGGAGAAAAUCAGAAAACAGAAAUUUGAUGCUAUAUUGAAAAUCCAGCAAGAGAAGGGUGGUUUAAUUGAAACAAAACAACAUGAAGUGCUACGACCGGGUGUCUAUCUUCAGCGAUCAACAGAACCACCCACGGGGGUGGAUGAGAAAGAAACAAGUGAUCAACAACACGAGAAUCUGACAGCAAAUUCUCAAAUAAAUGUAGUAAUUGGUUCAUCAGAAGCACCUGCUACCAGCACAAACCGGAAUUUCAGUAGGAGAAAGCCCAGGGGAAACACUCAAAGAAAACAAGUUAGACAGUGGGUCAAGAAAGAAGACACUAGCCAAAGUUAGCUUAAAAAUUUCACUCAUUAUGGAUUUAUGGCUACAAAUGGUAAGGCUUUGAAAUAGGAAAUACAGUUUUGUUGAUAUUAUAGCGGCGUAGUGGAUGUCCUUUUGAUGCAUAUGCGGCAUUUGCCUUUGAACUCUCAUCUUUUUAUGUUGGCUGAAGAAAGAAAGCAUCAUGUUCCCUACU